GAUGGCGAAGACGUUAUACUGCAGUUUUAUGUCAUUGCGAGAAAACAAAUCAUGAGUUUUACGGGUCACAUUAGUUUAUUUUUAUUAUUAUUUGGAAGCUGGUGCCUAACAUCUGAAGCAACUUUUGAUAUCGAUGAAAUAAAUUCAAUAUACUAUGGCAUGGAUAUCAUGGGAACUCCCAUCCUCAAGGAUAAGUUCAAUGAAGAUGUCUUGAUGAUGGUGAAUCGACAAGGACAAGAAUAUGCCUGCACUCUCCCCAUCAUCCCGCUGGACCUCAAAAGCAGCGGCAGCAAAGAUGAGACCGCUGCUCAAGUGGACACCGUUGAUAUAUCAGAGUUAUUGAAGCCAAUGGAAGAAGCUCCUUGUUUGCUAUCAAAGAAGGACUGGUGGACAUAUGAGUUCUGCUACGGUCAAGUCAUCAAGCAGUAUCACAUGGAGGGAGGUAAAAUCGCAGGUGCAGUACUAAUCCUUGGUCGAUUUGAAAGUGAAUAUGACUGGAGCGCUGGUGGCAAGGGUGGUGCUGAUGUGGCAUCAGGGCGCAACAGCAACAGACUUCAGCGCUUCCACAGCCAGUAUUACACUAACGGCACAAAGUGUGAUCUCACUAAUGAACCAAGGAGGAGUGAAGUCAGAUUCAAGUGUGAGACAGACGUGGGAGACUACAUAGAGCGUGUAGAUGAGCCCGAGUCCUGCCGUUACAUCGUUACUAUUUUCAAGUGUGAGACAGACGUGGGAGACUACAUAGAGCGUGUGGAUGAGCCAGAGUCGUGUCGUUACAUCGUUACUAUUGCCACAACGCGCGUCUGUCAUCACCCAUACCUUCGCCCACAUCCAUCCCGUACACCUCAUCAGAUCAGCUGCGCUCCUGUACUAGAGGAGCACAAGCUCAAGCAAUACACACAGAGACAAAACCGCAAGAAGAAAGAAGCUGAAGAAAGAGCAAAGGCUGCUGCUCUGGCAGGUCUCCAGCCUGUUGAAGAGAGUGACAUUAAUAUCAAACUCUUCAGCCUGGGAUCAGCUUUUAAAGAUAUCAAGAAUCCCUUCGGUGACGCUCGUGAAGGUAAUGCUGAGGCCAGUUCUCCACCAGCUGCAUCAUCUAUGACAGACGCUCAGGACGAAGUAGUCAGUGGUAGCACAGAAGGAUCAUCUUCUCUCACUGGCUCAGCAGAAAUAGAUAACAAUCAGGAUCCUGGUCAGCUCGAAGUAUUAUUAGAUAACAAUCAGGAUCCUGCUCAGCUCGAAGUAUUAUUAGAUAACAAUCAGGAUCCUGCUCAGCUCGAAGUCCAGCUUACUGAGGCUGUGGGUGUCGGCAGCGUCAUUGAGGUCGCUGUGAACAUGGAAGAUGAACCAGACGAGCAGGACGAGUCUCCCCUUGUGAAGGAUGACAACAACAACAAGGAUGACAACGAACAGGACGAGUCUCCCCUUGUUAAGGAUGACAGUGACGGACAAGUGGAAACUGAAGACCGCGAAGGUGUCGAGAAGGUGGACAUUACAAGUGUGGAUCGUGAGGCGAAGCUAACAAAAUCAGAGACGCAUCUUGAUAGAAUAAUACAGCGAAUCGGAAAGCACUACAGCGAGAUGACAGAUGUUAAUCUGGGAAGCACUUCCAACCUGAAUAAAUUGAGAGAACAGCUGUCCGCAGGCACCGACGAGCUGCAGGAGUUGCUGGACGAGACGCUAUCAGACCUGGACGAAGAGCUUUCUGCGCUCUCAGACCUCGCGGAGAAGAGGGGAGACUUUGCGAAGCUGCAGCUCUGGCGCACGCUCGCUCUCAAAGUGAAAAACAUGAAGAACAAAACAAAGCAGAUGACUGCGGCAAGGAAGAAGGAAGUAGAGCCCGAGUUUGGUACUGAUGAAUGGGUGCAGUGGCGCGUGAAGAAAAACGAAAAAAUUAUUUCAAAGGCCCAGGAAACUUUGAACAGCGUAGGCGACAUGAACGCAAUCAUGGAUGCUAAAGUCGUGGCCGAGGCCGAGAAGAUUGUUAAGGAUGCCAUGGCCGCCAAGGAGGAACAGGGCAACGAAGACCAUGCAAAGAAAGAUGACACUAAAGAUAUCUUCGAACUUCUCUCUAAUAAGAUGGUUGAUGAGUUCAUCAAAGAGUAUCUCUCUGAUCAUGAUGCUGGAUCAAAGGACGAUGAAUCAAAACUAAGCAAGAAUUCCGCUAAGGGCAAGCGCGGUGAGGGCGAGAAGGAGGCGAGUGUUGUGAUCAGCUCCCUGCAGCAGAGCAUUAAGAACAAGAUCAAGGAGGCUGGCAUUGACGUCAAUAAACACAAGAUCGAAGUGCAGAUUUUAACUCCAGGGGCGGAAUUCGGCGGCAUGGACAACAAACUCUCGGCGGAGCAGGCGGCGAGUGUGGAGACCCUCGUCGUCAAGCUCAUGGGAGCCCAGAAGGAAGAGAUCAUGGAGCGUGAGCAGCACGAGACCUUGAGCGACAACUACAACUUCUCCUUCGACGACGAGGCUGGCGACGCAACCUCUGUUGAAGACACCGACCAGGGGCCGUCCCACGACGCCACUGACGACGUCUCGACCGGGCAAGAUAUACCGGCCGAGCCAAGCGGCAGUGAAGACACCGGCCGCUGAGCUUCCGGCUUACUAAACUACCUAUUACAAUCUUUUAUAUUAUCCGUCGGUCUGGCAUGACGGCUGGUUGUGCGCAUUUCGUGAGGUGUGUUAUUCUCCGUACGGUACACCGUUAACGUUUGCUGGAGUUGACAUUUAGACGUCGUGUGAAGUAGCCUUGCGUCAUAUAUGUUAUUUAUAUUAUAUUUAAAUGGAAAACGAGUAAUGAAUUACUUUUGAACUCUUUUUGCCUUCUUUGUAUUGUGUUUAGCGCGUUGCGCUUGGCAGAGCUUACAAUUGGAGCUUAUUCGAAAAACUUGUACAUUUUUCUCUCCCUCGACAUUGAUCAGAAGUAAUAGUAGUGAAUCUUUCUAUUGAUCGUGAAUAUUUGAUUUAGUGUUUCAGCCUAUUUAUAGUAAGAUUUGCUCAUUUAUUUAUAAAUAUGUUUUAU